AACAAUACGCGUUACAAUAAAUUGAUAAAAUAAUAAAAUAAAGACUAAGUCGCGAGUUAAGUUAGGCGCUUUCGAUUCAUUACGCCCAUUAUAUUCGGCUAAGUGUAAAUUGUCGCCUGCGCCAAACACCACCCUAAUCCAACCCAACUAAGCCGAAUUGCAAACAACGACGACAGCGCGAACGCUGUGCAUACUAGCACUGUUGUUGUUGUUGUGCUGUGUUGUGUUUUUGAGUGUCGUUUGGGAGAUCGCGUCAAAUUUAAGCAAACAAGUGAGCGGGAGUAGUGGAUUGUGUCGUGGUUUCGUAGAGUGCCUCGUAUUUUUUUUUUGUAUAUUUUAUUUCAAAUGAAGUAACGAACUAAAUAAGUGACAAUGAAGUGAACUUCUCGUUGUAGACACGACCAACAUCUUGGUACAAAAAUUGUUGAUGUUGUCACGCUGUCACAAUAUCCGUCUAACUACCACCAGCUUUUCGUUGUCGUGGUCGUGGUCGUCGUCAUUAUUACCGUUGACGUUGUAUGCUAACGGCUUAGAUCGCUUUUCAUCGGGCUUAAGGUGUUCGUCGUGUGCGCGGAACCUCAUUAUCGGCAACGGUCGUCGCUGCAGCCAUAGUCAGUGCCAAAGCUAUAGCUACAGCUACCGCCGACGCAGCUGCAAUGAGUGAUCUCCGCAGCACACACACGAUCGCCCAGCGUCGCAGCCACGAGCGCACAGCGGCAGCAGCAGCAGCCACCUUAGUGGCGGCAGUUAGCUUUAUUACCGCAAAACUAUCUGCGAAGUUAAAACGUAUCUGAGGUUUCAAUACCGUUUUGGUGUGUUUUCGAGUUGGUCGUGUUUAGCUCCUAAGCGUCUUUACGGUUGUGCAGUACAUAUAUUAUACAACAAUACUACUGAGAUAUUGAGAAACAAAAAAUAAUAUAUAAUUCUAAAAAUAAAUUAAAUAUUUUAAAAACUUACAAUCAUUAGAAUAAAUUUUGAAAGUGUUUUGAAUAUUAAAAAGCAGUUUGUGCUUCCUUUUUUCGAGGAAAAAAUUAAAUUAUAAUUAAAAAAAAAUCAGGGGCUGCUGCUGUUGAUAAACGCAUUAACAAUUUUGUUGCUUGAAUAAUUUGGCUUAAGCCUUAGUAACGGCGACGACGACGACAACGAAGCCUGGUGCCCAUAAGACAUUUCGUUCGGCGAAUUUCGGUUGUAGCAAAAAAGGCACACAGCAGAACUUAAAUAAAAAAAUACUUAUCGUUACUCGGCGAUUAUAACAACAUAUACGAAGCGUAAUUAAAACAAAACGCAAAAUAUCGGAAUAAAAGGAAAACCCAGCGUACAACGCUUAAUUAACGCGUCGUUGGCGACUUUGCACGCUUUUACAGCAGCCGAACAACAGAGCUGUUGUGCAUUUCAUGUGCCUUUAACGAUCUUUUCUAGAUUUCGGGUGAUGUUUGUAGCCGUUAAUUUUAUUCGUAUAUAAUUGAUGGGAAUCACCAAAGCGGAACUUCUUGGUCAAUUAGUCUAAUCAGCUUUAAUUUAUACAUAAAUAAAACGAAAUAGCAAUUGAUAACAACAAUAAUAAAGAGAACGCAAUAGAAACAGUGAGCGCAAAGAGAGAGAGACUUUAUAAUAAGGAGAAGUUAUUCAAGGCUUGUGAUUUAUUUGAGCUGACAAAAUGACAGGUUUCAGCAACGGAGGUUUCGAAAACGAUGAACCAGUGAAGCCAAAAGCUGGUUUUGAGCCAGACACAGCAUCACUCAGAGAGAAAGUCAUUUUAAAUCCGGGCGAAAAAUGGCGCAUUUUGAAAAAUAUCACCAUCAUAUCAUUUGCAUUCAUGGUACAAUUCACAGCGUUUCAGGGCACGGCCAAUUUACAGUCCUCGAUUAAUGCCAAAGAUGGCUUAGGCACUGUGUCGUUGAGCGCAAUUUACGCGGCGCUCGUCGUCUCAUGCAUCUUCCUACCCACACUUAUUAUACGCAAAUUGACUGUGAAAUGGACGCUGGUCUUCAGUAUGCUGUGCUAUGCGCCGUACAUUGCCUUCCAAUUGUUCCCAAAAUUCUACACAUUGGUUCCUGCUGGUAUUCUAGUCGGUUUGGGUGCCGCUCCUAUGUGGGCAUCUAAGGCCACCUAUUUGACACAGGUCGGUCAAGUUUAUGCGAAAAUAACCGAACAAGCUGUGGAUGCGAUAAUUGUGCGGUUCUUCGGCUUCUUCUUCUUGGCCUGGCAAACGGCCGAGCUGUGGGGAAAUCUGAUCUCUAGUUUGGUGCUUUCGAGCGGCGCUCAUGGAAGUGGCGGCGAUGCCAACACAACCAUCUCCGAAGAGGAUCUGCAAUACUGCGGUGCCAACUUCUGUGUGCAAGUAUCCAAUGGACAUGGCAACUUGAACCGCCCACCAGAUCAUGAAAUCUUCGAAAUCACCAUGAUCUACUUGUCUUGUAUUGUUGCUGCUGUUGCCAUUAUUGCUAUCUUCUUGGAUCCACUAAAACGUUAUGGUGAGAAACGUAAGGGCUCACAGUCUGCACAAGAAUUAUCCGGCAUGGAAUUACUAUCGGCCACUUUCCGUCAAAUGAAGAAGCCAAAUCAACAGCUGCUCAUUCCCAUCACCGUUUUCAUUGGCAUGGAACAGGCUUUCAUUGGUGCCGAUUUCACACAAGCUUAUGUGUCUUGCGCUUUGGGUAUCCAUCAAAUUGGUUUCGUGAUGAUCUGUUUCGGCGUGGUCAAUGCGAUUUGCUCGAUUCUCUUCGGUUCGGUGAUGAAAUAUAUUGGACGUCUGCCCAUUAUUAUACUCGGCGCUAUCGUGCAUUUCACACUUAUCUCCGUGGAAUUGUUCUGGCGUCCCAGCCCCGAAAAUCCGCUCAUCUUCUACGCUAUGUCUGGUUUGUGGGGUGUCGGCGAUGCUGUAUGGCAAACACAAAUUAACGGUCUAUACGGUCUACUCUUCCGUCGCAACAAGGAAGCGGCCUUCUCCAACUACCGUCUCUGGGAGUCAGCCGGUUUUGUUAUCGCCUAUGCAUAUGCUACAACAUUGUGUGCGCGCAUGAAGCUUUAUGUGCUUAUGGCCGUGUUGGCUUUGGGAUGCAUUGGCUAUACUAUUGUAGAGAUUCUGUACAGAAGAAAGCAACGCAAGCUAAAGAAACAAGAGAAAUUGGAGGCUGCCGCCAAGGAGAAGGAAGCCGCUGCAGCAGCAGCCGCCGCCGAGGCUAAUGCCACCGCUGAAGUGGAGGAGACCGACGAUGAGCUGGAUGAUCUCGAAGAGGAUAUUGUUGUGACGCAUUUCUAAGUCCAACUCCGCAUACAUACACACACAUACACACAUACUCAUACAUUCACGCAUCUGCAAAACAAAUACGCCUUCCAUAAAGUAAUGCAACCUAGCAUGUAUGUAUGUAAAAUACAUAUAUGUAUGUAUGUAUGCAUGUGAAAGUUUGAAUCGGUGUUGACUGUAGAAGCUCCUUGCUGAAAGCUUAAGAGCACCACAAGUCACACACACACACACAUUUAUACAGACACUCAAACGAUGAAAGCUUUUGUUUUUGUUUGUUAAUCUCGUAUGAGAGCUUUUAAGUGUUGGCGUGUAAGCGUGUUUGAUAACUUUUUUGUUUCUUUAUUUAGACUACAAGAAAAGCUCUUUUAUAAAAGGGCGUAUAUGUACGUAACACAAAAAUGCGCAUAAGUCAAAAAUUCAUUUUUAAGCUACGAAAGUGAUUUUUUGCAUGAACGCACGCGUUUCGAGCAAUUUUACCCUCCCCCAGUUGUUACUUUGUUGUAUUGUAUACAAUUUUGCAUACAAAAAGACAGAAGUUUAAAGUAAAUAGUAGCAGAAGUAAUAACAGUUAUGAUUAUUGAAAGUAAUGUGUUAUAAAGUUUAGUAGUUAUUUAGUUCAAUAAGUACAAUAGAAACAUUGCAAACACUUACACAAGCACAUACACACACACACACAACGCGUUAACAUAGAAAAAGUCCACUCAGAUCAUAUAAUAAUAAGCUUACAAGAAAGUAAGUGCAAUUUGUAAAUAACUAAACCGAAAAGUAAUCAACCGAAGACAGCACAGAAGAGCGGAGCAAUCAGUAAGAACUGUAGAAAACGAUAAAAGACGAAGAGAAAUUGUUAAAGAAAAAAACUAUUUAAAACCAAAACUGUACAAAAACAAAAGCUGCGCAGAAUGAGAGAUAGAUUUUUGAAAUUUUUUUCUUUCGGAGCAUUAUAAAAACAAAGGGCGGCUUCAGAAUUAGUGCCCAUCGCAAAGCAAAAGAAAAAAAAUUAUAAAAUGUGAGGCUAAUGGUGUGCUGUUUAGUGCCUUACAAGCUCACACACCAACGGCGCUUACAAAAUAAAUGAACAAAAACUAAUUAAAAACACUGUAAACUAUUAAUAGACGUGCUUUCCAAAAGCCGUUCAAUAAUUGCAAAAAUUAAAUUUGCAAAAAAAAUUUUGUGAAAAAAUUUGCUUAAAUAAGACAAACCGAAAAUAUUAAUGUAUACAAGCUAUUGCCCGAAGUAGAUGGCAAAAAGAAAAUUAUAAUACACAUACAUAUAUAUAUACAUACAUAUAUACAUAAAAAUUAGUUUUAAGUAAACCGUUAUGCUCGUAAGACCCCUCUAGUAUAAAAGUAUAUAGGUAUAAAAUGUGAAAUCAACGCUCAAAAACAAAAAAUAUUGCAAUAAAAAGGAAAGCACAAAUUACUAGACGUGCUAUUUAAAGAAGAAAAGAAAAUAAUAAUAUGUAAUAGUAGGCACGCAUACAUUUGUGAGUGAGCGCAUAAUUAACAAACAUUUAAAUUUAUGUUGUUUUUAUUUUAAAUAAAUUUAAAUAAUGUUUUUAUGCGCACACAAAUAAUUUUUUUAAUAAUUUAAUUCUUUUGCGUUUGCUUUUCAUUACGUCUUUUGAGAAGCCGAAUUGUAGUAGAAAUAGUAACGUUAGCUUGUGCAACUCAAAAAAUAUUCCAGUUAAUAAAAACUAAAUUUAAAAAAUUAGUUACAGUAAAUAAAAAAUUAAAUAUAAUAAUAAAAAAAUUAGUUACACUAAUUGAAAAAUUAUAUACAAUUUAAAAAAAUUAAUUACACUAAUUGAAAAAUUAAAUGCAAUAAUUAAAAAAUUAAUUACACUAUUUGAAAAAUUAAAUGCAAUUUAAUUACACUAAUAGAAACAUUAAAUGCAGUAAUUGAAAAAUUAAUUACAAUAAUUAAAAAAUUAAAUACCAUGAUUGAAAAAUUAAUUACACUAAUUAAAAAUAAUAAUUACACUAAUUGAAAAUUUAAAUACAAUGAUUGAAAAAUCAAUUUUGAUAGUUAAGAAAUUAAGUACAAUAAUUAAAAAAUUAAAACAGUGAUUAAGAAAACUAAAAUAAAAUUUUUUUUUUAUGUAAAUUUUCUGUUAAAGCCCUAAAAAUUACUUAAUAUGUAUACAAAUUGCUUGAAAUAAAAGGCAUAUACUUGAAGAAAAGUUAUUAAAAAAUGGAAAUAUACGAGUAUGAUUCACAAUGAGUAACAUAAAAUGUACUUAUAUAUUUUGCUCAGUAUUAUAAUGUUAAUGUUUAAGUGAUGCUUUUUUUGGAGAAAAUAGCUUAUACUUCACUAUCACCCUAUCUGUGUAUUACUCAUUAUAUUUCUUAACAUGUAUCUUUCGUGGAAAAGUUUAAAAACAAAAAUUAAUAAAUAUUCUUCUUCUUUUUUUAUUUAAUUUUGCUGUCUAUAUAAAGUUGAACAUUUUACUGUUUUUACUACACUCAAUCUCCGCUUCCUUUCACAGAACUUUCUCACUUUCAUUUUCUUAUAUAUUAAAAUUAGACGACAAAUAACCAAAUUAUUUUCUAUUUCUUCACUAAUUAUUUAGUACGCUUUUUACGCUCAUAAAUACGUAUGCAUACUUGUUUUCCUUUUAUUUUAACUGCAUAUGUAUGUAAUAACAUAACCUGCAUUUUUAUUAUAGUCCUUUAAGUAGUUUUAUUGCAACCUUACACUUCCUUUCCUGUUCUGGUUCACCUUAACUAUGUACAUACCUGUGUAUUAUUUGAAGAUAACUGAAAUCCACAUACGAGUACAUACUUACAAGUUGUGGUUUUAUUUUAUAUAGCUGCUACCUGCAUACAUAUAUAGCAAUUAUAUACUUAUAAGUAUAAGACAAUAAGCAAGAAAAAAAAUUAAUAACAUUAAAUGUGGACUUCAUGUAUAAUCUAUUAUGUAAUAAAUGCAAUAUACUAAAUAUAUUUAUAUUAAACAAAAAAAUCAUAUCGUAUUAAAAAUUGUAUGCGUAUGUGUAUUGUACGCAUAUGAAGAUAAAAUUUUUAAGUGUAUGCAUAGUUAUGAAAGGGAAGCGAAGUGGUAAAAGCAAUUGUAUUGAAUAAAGUUAUAUAUAUAUAUCUAUAUAUAUAUAUAUACGAGUACAUAUAUGUUAAUAAAUACACUAUUGAAAUAUACAAUUCGAUAGCAUAAUUUGCAAUCUGUAGUAUAAUGUUAACGUAAUAUUACAAAAUGAAUAAAUAAAUAUAAAUUUACGAUGUAAUAAAUGAA